UCACGCUUCUCCGCGCACUUUCUGAGAGGCGAGGUACCCAAACUAUUUGCUCAGUCGAGCGUACGGAGGUUUCGAGGUAUAGGGGCAGGGGCCUGGCGGGUUCACGCAGAAAGGAAUUUGCCGGAACAGGGGAAGGAACGUACACCGGUCUUCUCACCCAGGGUAGACAAGGACCAACUUGUGUAUGGCAGAUUUGUGAGUCAUCGACAGUGAAAGGCUACAUCCAUGUUGAAGUCAAGACAAUAUUUCUGAGUUUGUGCGGACAGUUAAACCGAAUAUGGCGAUUAUCAGGUCGUUUCUCUGCUGGGCAAACACCCGUACUGGGAGUGCAGUGAGUGGAUAUUACAGUCUGGUGAUAUCUGUGAUGUGUUUGGCCUUUUACUUGUUCCGAUACAUCGGCCUUGAUGCAAUAAGUGCUUCCAUGGAAUUUCGAGGCAUUGUGUAUGCCGGAUUCGUCCUGUAUUCUCUGAUGAUCGCAGUCUCCCUGGUCCUGCUACCAGGAGUGUAUAUGGACAAAAAGUACCUGUUGUUGCCAUGGAUAUACGUGUUGGUGGUAACGGUGUUGUAUGAGACGGGAGCCAUUGCUCUCCUAACAACGGUACACUUAGAGAAUGAAAAGACUCUGCAAACGUGGGAGAUUAUAUCUGUAUGUUUUUACUGCUUCCGCCUGGUUGCAAAUUGUUACUGUUUUGCUUGUGUGGUGUCCCAAUAUCAGGAACUCUCUGAAGGGAGAGGAACGUAUGAUUUUCUGUACAAACCACGGUCUCGGAGGAUGCGUCGGUAUUUCUCAGCAUCUGAUUUAGACACCUACAGCCCACCAUACGGCGUGCAACUGCCACCCUAUAUGGAAGACGACCCACGUAAAGACUGCAGUCCUCCAGACUAUGAACAGAUAGAAAUAAAUGAGCACGAUACAACCGAUAUGUUCUGUACGUUAGCAUCAGCAGCUGCACAUAGACAUAACGAUUCCGAAAACCCAGAAGACUUGCAGGAAAACAGAACUGGUGUGACAUUUCAAAGAACUACCUAUGUGACCUGGAUAUGAAAAUGUGAUGUGUGAAAUGUCAGAGAACUUCUAUACUAUGCAAAUAAGAAAGGAUCGUGUUGCCGUUGGCGUUGUUAUUGACGCCAGUGAAACUUCCGUCCUUGAACUAUGUGUUCGCGCGGACGUCCGAGAAAACAAUGCAGCGGCGUGCAAUGUGAUUGGUCAAAACUUGACAAAGAAAAACUUGUAUAUAAUGUGUGUUUGCAUGUGUGAGUGAUACAAAAAUGCAUUUGAACGUUUCAUUGAUUUAUCAUCUCGAAAGUCGAACAAAAUAAAACUUGAUGACUGCGGAACAGGAUCCACUAUAUAUACAGAUAUUGGAGAAACAAAGGGUUUGAAUACAAGGAUAAAUAGUGCUAACGUUUUAAGUUAUAAAUCUACCGCAGAACGCUGCAGAUUGUCUUACGGAUACCGAAGAAUUGUAAUAAUAUUUAUAAGGAACUCUAACCAGGCCAUUGGAGUAAAUGUUGAUUAUUCCUGCAACAGUUUUGAUGCAGCAAUGUGAUGUUUUGAUAUUCAGGUUGUAUUUUCCUACCACACUUUCCAUUACCUCAUUUACAUGUGUUCAGGCCGAGGACAUUUGUGCGCUACAUUGCCAUUAUAGAUAUACAGCAAGUGUAGACUGAUCUUUGUGGUUUCAUGUUCUCCUGUACAUACAUAUUGGCAUUCGUCUCAGUGAGUGCAAUAAACUAUUUUUGAAA